GAUGGCGGCUCCCAUAAUAGAAACAUGUCAUGUCGCAUGUUGUGCAAAUCGAACCCCAAAUGUUCUUUCAUGGGGUCGUGGGGGGCUCAUUGCAUAUGGAACAUGCAAUUCUGUCGCUCUCUAUGACCCACAGGAGAAAGGUGUUGUUGCUAUCCUGAAUGGACAUACCGGGAGGGUGAACACAGUCCAGUGGGUCCACAGAGAGGACUGUGGUAGAGAAACUCACCUGGUGUCAGGAGCGUCUGACAGUCUACUGAUUGUGUGGGAGGUCCAAGAUGGGAAGUUUAACCACUGUGUUGAGUGUGUUGGACAUACUGGACCAGUGUGUGCUGUGGAUGCCAUCCACCUGGACAACAGUAAGCUACUCAUCGCCUCCACAGCCUCCGACUCCACUGUCAAACUAUGGCUCUAUACUGGAAGUAAAGCGGAGUGCACCCAUACCAUAUCCUUUGGGAGCGGAUUCAUGAUGGAUGUCUCGCUAGCGUGGUUGCCAGGCAGCAGAGUUCCCAUACUUGCCUGCGGGAGCGACGAUUGCAGAAUCCAUUUGUAUGCGCAGUGCAAUGGACAGUUCAGGAAAGUCCUCUCCUUGCAAGGGCAUGAGGAUUGGAUCCGUGGUGUGGAGUGGGCCUGUGUAGACGGGGAUCUGUUACUGGCCAGCUGUGCUCAGGACUGUCUGAUCAGGGUGUGGAGGCUGGUUGCCAAGUCUGGGCCAGAGAGAAACACGCAGGAUGAACGCACCAUUAGGAUGACUGAAGAUGUCUUUACACUGACAGAAAACGAUGCCUCCUCAGCGUUUGCAGUGACGCUAGAGUCAGUCCUGGCCGGCCACGAGAACAAGGUCUAUGGAGUCCACUGGCAGCCCCCUGUCAUCAAAGGUGGCGACCAGCAUCAGUCUCUGAGUUUGCUCUCUGCUUCCAUGGACAAGACCAUGAUCCUGUGGGCUCCGGAAGAGGGCUCGGGGGUGUGGGUGGAGCAGGUGCGUGUGGGGGAGGUGGGGGGAAACACACUGGGUUUCUACGGCUGCCAGAUGAGUCCAGACGGAUCCAUGAUCCUGGCCCACGCCUUCCACGGAGCGCUGCAUCUCUGGACCCAGAGCCACGGCAAAGAGGGAGAGUGGAGUCCAGGGGUGGUGAUAUCUGGUCACUUCAACGCAGUGCAGGACCUGAGCUGGGACCCUGAGGGGGAAUUCAUCCUCAGUGUGGGGUCAGACCAGACCACCAGGCUACUAACACCCUGGAGGAGGAAGGACCAAACACAGCCUACCUGGCACGAGAUCUCUCGCCCCCAGAUCCACGGCUAUGACAUGCAGUGUUUGGCCUUAGUGGGGCGCUUCCAGUACGUCUCCGGGGCCGACGAGAAGGUCCUCCGAGUGUUCCGCGCCCCCCGCAACUUUGUGGAGAACUUUGCAAACAUCUCCGGCACGCCUCUGGCAAAGCUGCUGGCCUCCAGUGACACUGUAGAUCAACCAGAAGGUGCCAGUACUCCUGCCCUAGGCCUCUCCAACAAGGCUGUGUUUCAAGGUGAUCUGGCUCCCAAGGCCAAUGAAGAGCAGGGAACCGGGUUCAACAGUGUUUCUGACCAAUACCAAGAGUCCUAUUUCCACCCUCUCAUCCUUAAUGAGCCCCCUCCAGAGGACCACCUUCUCCAAAACACACUAUGGCCUGAGGUCCAAAAACUGUACGGACACGGCUUUGAGAUGUUCUGUCUGGCGUCUGACAGUGGGAGGACGGUGGUGGCAUCGGCAUGUAAGGCCUCUAAGGCCGAGCAUGCGGCCGUGCUGCUCUGGAGCGCCACCUCCUGGCGCCAGCUACAGGCGCUGCCUUGCCACAGCCUCACCGUCACCCAGAUGGCCUUCUCUCCCAACGGACGGCUCCUAUUGGCCGUGUCCCGGGACAGGACCUGGUCGCUAUGGAGACGGGACGACCCCGCCGCUACCCCUACAAACACAGAACCCCAUUUCUCCCUGCACACAUCUACAAGGAAGGACACGGCCAUACAUACACGCAUCAUAUGGUCAUGUGACUGGAGUUCCGACAACAAGUACUUUGUGACGUCGAGUCGAGACAAGAAGGUGAUAGUAUGGGGUCACUGCAGUAGUUCUGAGGCCAGUGUGACCCCUGUUGAACCCCCAGUCAUCCGGCCCUGUUCCUCCAUAUUAGACGUAGGAGACUCGGCCACUGCUGUCUCCUUCUGCCCCGUCCUCUGCCCCGACAACAGCUACCUGCUGGCGGUGGGGCUGGAGAGUGGCCAGGUCCUGCUGUAUAAGUGGAGACCCAGUGAGGAGCCUGCUGGCGCAUCAGACUGGACCAGAUAUGGAGAGACAGACUCCUCUCAGAGUCACUCGCUGACGGUGAAGAGGCUGCGCUGGAGGCCGAGGGCAGGCCGAGCCGGCCAGGGGGGUGAGGAGGAGGGCAGGGACACAGCAGCAUGCAGCUCCUGGGUACAGCUAGCCAGUGCGGGGGCAGACCACUCUGUCAAAAUCUUUAACAUCAACAGACUGGCUGUGUAGCUAGCGUUGGGCCGGAGACACUGACACCAUUAGAUCGUGGUAUCUUGACACACUGCUGACUGAGACUACAGGGCUGUCUGAAGCAGACCUGGGUCUGGCUAUUCACUGGGUCAUUCCAUUCACCCUGUGUGACAGCCAGCCAGCUAGCUCAGACGAGAGUCACAAGGCCAGGUCUGGAGGUCUGGUGAUCUGGCCUACAGGCUGCUUUCAGGACGCCCCUAGCCCAGGACUUCUCUCUCUCUCGUUGCAGCCCUGGUCUUUAUCUUUCGUAUUUAUGCUCUUAUUAAGGUCUGGGACGAGGGAUAUUAGGCUCACCGUUUCAACAUACUUUUAUGCUAAUGUUUUCAUUUGUUAGGGCUCAGUAACUGUCAAAUCAAGUCAUAUUUGAAAGUCCCCUGGUUUCUUGAUUACCAUAUCUUCUUUCUUUGUGGUGUAUUGUGUUCUCUUCAUGGUCUGAUGGUUUGAAAUGUCCUUAGAAAAAGAUGACACAGUACUGAUGCUUUUAAUGUAAAGAAGUUACAUAUCUGAAUAAAGCUCUUUUUGUAUA